GGCAGCUGUAUCUCGUGAAUUUAUCUUGCUGUGUGUUAUCUUCUUAGCUCUGAUCGUCUGCCCGGCAGGGUUUUCUCAGUCGCUGAGUGUGGAAGCAGCGGCUCGGGUGGCAUCGCUCUAGCAGGCUGCGCCUGACGCUCUACUUUUCUGUGCUUCCUUUACUUUAAUCGCAACGGUUUCCACACUGAACCUGUAACGAUGGCAUGGACAAGUUAUCAGCUGUUUCUGGCUGGCCUGAUGGUCGUCACUGGCUCACUGAACACUCUGUCAACAAAAUGGGCAGACACCAUCAAGAGCGUGAACAGCGAGGGGCAUCUGGUGCAUUUUGUCCACCCAUUCCUGCAAGCAUGUUCCAUGUUCGUGGGUGAAUUCUCCUGCAUGUAUGCCUUCUUUGUCGUCUAUCUCGUGUUCAAGCGGAGGGGCGGCCGUGAGCGCCUGGAGGCGAGCAACCUGACCAACGGCAACCUGCGCUUCAACCCGCUCAUCUUCCUGGCGCCGGCAAUGUGCGACAUGAUCGGCACGUCCACCAUGUACGUCGGUCUCAACCUCACCUACGCCUCGUCGUUCCAGAUGCUUAGAGGUCAGUGUCGGCUGCAGGCCGUCCAGUACCUGAACUCGCCGGUGCCGACCGGCCCCUGGCGACACUACGAGUACAUGUAA